GUUAAAGCAGCUUAUCGAAGGAAGGUAUGGGAGUCUCAUCCUGACCUCUUUCCGCUUGACAAAAAACCUCAUGCUGAGUCCAAGUUCAAAUUGCCAAAUAAAUAAAGUUUCUGUUGCAAGCCACUUGUCAUAUGGUUGAAGGGAUGGCCCCACUUCGGUCUACAGGAUAUGUUGAUCCUGGAUGGGAGCAUGGCAUUGCUCAAGAUGAAAGGAAAAAGAAGGUUAAAUGCAACUACUGUGGGAAAAUCGUUAGUGGUGGGAUAUUCAGAUUGAAGCAGCAUUUAGCUAGAAUUUCUGGGGAAGUUACUCACUGUGAAAGGGUUCCAGAUGAAGUAUGCUUGAGCAUGAGAAAAAACCUGGAAGGGUGUCGUUCUGGUAGGAAACGAAGGCAAUCUGAAUAUGAACAGCCAUCUUUUAGUUGCCAUUCUAGUGAUUAUAAUGACAUAGAAGAUACGCUUGCUGAUUAUAAACACAAAGGCAAGAAAGUGAUGGGUGAUAAGAACUUGGUUAUAAGAUUCGCGCCUCUUCGGUCAUUAGGAUAUGUGGACCCUGGAUGGGAACAUUGUGUUGCUCAAGAUGAUAAGAAGAAAAGAGUAAAGUGCAAUUAUUGCGAAAAGAUAAUUAGUGGAGGCAUAAAUCGUUUUAAACAACAUCUGGCUAGGAUCCCUGGAGAAGUUGCAUAUUGUGAGAAGGCACCUGAGGAUGUGUAUCUUAAAAUUAAGGAGAACAUGAAAUGGCACCGUACAGGCAGAAGGCACCGGAAACCUGAUACCAAGGAGAUAUCUGCUUUCUACAUGCAUUCAGAUAAUGAGGAUGAAGAGGAAGAGCAGGAUGGUAGGUUCUUACAAUGUGUGGGUAAAGACAUAGUGGCUAUUGAUGAUAAUGUUUCUGAUAGUGACAUUAGAUACAAUGUCAAGGGUAGGUCCCCUAGUAGCAGUGGCAAUGGUGCUGAACCACUAAUGAGAAGAUCAAGAUUGGAUUCUGUAUUUCUGAAGACACUCAGAAACCAGACAUCACCACACCGCAAGCAAGUGAAAGCAAAGACAGGUUUCGAGAAGAGAACUCGCAAGGAAGUGAUAUCAGCAAUUUGCAAGUUUUUUUACCAUGCUGGAAUUCCUUCAAAUGCAGCAAACUCCCCAUAUUUCCACAAAAUGCUGGAGCUAGUUGGUCAAUAUGGUCAAGGUUUUCAAGGUCCUUCCAGUCGAUUGAUAUCUGGUCGAUUCCUCCAAGAUGAAAUUGCUACAAUUAAAGAGAACUUGGCAGGGCUUAAGGCCUCUUGGUCACAUACUGGUUGUUCUGUCAUGGCUGAUAGUUGGAAUGAUGUGCAGGGUAGGACAUUAAUAAACUUUUUGGUUUCUUGCCCUCGUGGUCUUUAUUUUGUGUCUUCUGUUGAUGCCACUGAUACAAAAGAAGAUGCUGCAAGCAUUUUCAAGUUGUUGGACAAAGUGGUUGAAGAGAUUGGUGAGGAGAAUGUUGUCCAGGUGAUCACUAAGAGCACUGCUAGUUUCAAAACUGCUGGAAAAAUGCUUGAAGAAAAAAGAAGAAAUUUAUUUUGGACACCAUGUGCUGUCUAUUGCAUUGAUCGAAUGCUUGAGGAUAUUCUGAGUAUAAAAUGGGUAGGAGACUGCUUAGAUAAAGCGAAAAAAAUUACAAGGCUCAUUUAUAACAGCACAUGGUUGUUGAGCUUUAUGAAGAAGGAAUUUACAAAGGGACAGGAACUCCUUAGGCCUGCUACCACUAAGUUUGCCACUAAUUUCUUAACUUUAGAGAGUUUGUUGGAGCAAAGGACUGGUCUUAAGAGAAUGUUCCAAUCGAACAAAUGGCUUUCUUCCCGUUUUGCCAAGUCUGAUGAAGGUAAAGAUAUGGUGAAAAAUGUCUUAAAUGCAACAUUUUGGAAAAAGAUGCAAUAUGUGAAGAAAAGUCUAGAACCAGUUGCAGAAGUUCUCCAGAAAAUAGAUAGUGAUGCAAGCAGGUCGAUUUCUUGUAUAUAUAAUGACAUGUGUAGAGCUAAGUUUGCUAUUAAAGCAAUUCAUGGUGAUGAUGUACGAAAAUAUGGACCAUUCUGGAAUGUGAUUGACAACCAGUGGAACUUAUUGUUCCACCAUCCUCUUCAUGUGGCUGCUUACUUUUUCAAUCCAUCCUAUCGUUGUCUUCCUGAUUUUAUUAUGAAUCCUGAGAUAAUUCGUGGUUUAAAUGAAUGUAUCGUUCGACUAGAACCUGAUAAUGGGAAAAGGAUUUCUGCGUCCAUGCAGAUUCCUGAUUUUGUAUCUUCUAGAGCUGAUUUUGGUACUGAUUUGGGUAUAAGUACGAGAACAGAGCUUGAUCCAGCUGCAUGGUGGCAACAACAUGGGAUAAGUUGCUUGGAGCUACAGCGAAUUGCCAUACGUAUACUAAGCCAGACAUGCUCAUCUAUAGGAUGUGAACAUACUUGGAGUACUUAUGAUCAAAUUCACUGCAAAAGGCGCAAUUGUCUGUCUCGGAAGAGAUGGAAUGACCUCACCUAUGUUCACUACAAUGUGCGACUUAGAGAACACCAAAUGGGAAGAAAAUUUGAUGAUGUGAUCUCUUUUGACAAUACCAUGCUGGAAAACAUACUGGAUGACUGGCUAGUGGAGUCAGAGAAGCAAUCUGUUCAAGAAGAUGAGGAGAUCCUUUAUAAUGAGAUGGAACAAUUUUAUGGAGAUGAAAUAGAUGAGAAUGAAAAUGAAGAAAGGAGACCGGCAGAAAUGGUUACACUGGCUGGUUUGGUUGAACCUUUGGAGAUUAAUCCUGCUGCGGGAGGUGUUACCACUGAUGAUGAUGUUCUUGAUUUUUUUGAUGAUGAUUUGACAGAUUAGUUGAUUGAAAUAUGGCCCAUCAAACUUGGAGUAAGCUGUGACAUUUCCCAUAUACAGUAAAUAAUUAUUGAUAGGAAGUAAUCUGAUGUUAUCAAGGAUCAAUUCUUAUGUUGUAAAUCCAUUGUGUUUUACGUCUUUCUUAAGUUACUUAUAUGCUGCCCAUUGAUCCUGACCUUUGUAUUUCCUGUUUUAAUGCCCAUCAUUCAGUAGUUAAGAAAUUGUUCCAAUUGUCUCGAAUCCAUCCCAUCUUUUCUGUAGUUCUAUACUUCUCACUGGAAAACAUCCAACCCAUACUUCCUAUGGCGUUCUGAGUCCACUGAAUUGUUUUUAAAAUUA